CUAGAAAGCUUAUUCAGGAUCUUGAAGAUGGAACUUCAUUUAUUCAUAAGCAUCAUAGAAAUAGUAAAAAAACCAUGCCAAACUCACUUAUUCGUGAACAAAUUAUAAAAUUGGGUGUAACAUAUAGCUUGGUUUCCAAAUAUACAAGUUUCCUUGCUGUUGAUGAAAAGGAUAGUGAGCUGGUGGCUGAAGCCAAAAUUUUGUCAGACCAAAGAGUAGUCCCAGUUGCCGCUGCUUCUUUUUCAGUAUUGCGGUCACGUAGUUUAAAAAGUAAGUCAGUAAAAAGCAUGACUUCAGGAUUUAACUUCAUGCCAGCACCUAAGAGUUUUCUGUCGUCAUCAUCAAAAAGAGCUAGUUCGUAUAAAUCUAGUAGAAGGCUGGAAUCUUCUGAGCUGGAAUUUAGAACUCAUUGUAUUUGUCUGGCAGAUAAAGAUUCUAGUUUUAUAGAAGUGACUUCCUACGUUGGAAGUAAUAAUUCUUCUGUAUCAGUUUUACCAGCUACUCCUGUAAAAUCAAAACCUCCAAAAAUUGAGACUCUUUAUAGUUUUCUCAAUUUCCAAUCAUUUGAUGGAUCAUUUUUACCAUCUGCUAAAUUUUAUUCUUGGUUUGGUAAACAUGAUUUUAAAGAUUUUGAAAAUAUUGGAAUUGAAAAUGAAAAAGUAUUAUGUUUAACAUUAGCACUGGCAUAUUUGGAAAUUAUAAUGUUUGGAAUAUUUAAAGAUGAAUGUGAAAUGUGUUAUGAAAAAGCAAAAAAGGCUUUGAAAAAAGAAGUUGGCGGCGAUGAGCAAAAGAUUAAUGAAAUUUUGGAAAAGGUUAAAGAAUGGGUUAAUAAAUGGACCAAUGAAUAA